GUUCUGCAGAGCCAUCGGCGCUCCAUCGAUCUCCGUCUCCACACACGUACGUUUCACCGGGGAACCAUCUAUGGUCACCAUGGCGGCGGCCAAGCUCGCCGCCCUCCUGGCCAUGGCGGCGCUCUUCGCCGUGGCGGGGGCAGCGAAUCCCCAGGAAGCCCACUGCUGGCAGUGCUACUACUCCUGCAUGCAGCAGAAGUGCGGCGGCUACCGCAACCCCGCCGCCCACACAGCCGUGGACGACGGUGCGGCGGCCGCCUCCGUCCCAGUCAACUCCACCGACGGCAUUGCGGCCGUCAUGCACCCCACCGACGGUGGUGCGGCCGCCCACGUCGCCGGCGGGUACGAGAGCUACUGCAAGUGCAACAAGGCGUGCAUCGUGGACUGCUACAAGGCCCUGCCGCCGGUGUGCUACCAGAUGUGCGUCUCCGAGACCUGCUCCAAGCUGCCACCAUGUAAGCAGGCGGAAUGCUACAAAGCAUGCGGGGACAAAUGCUACCACAAGCAGCCCAGCCCGGGCCCGAAGCCGCCAAGCCCGAAGCCCACUCCGCCAAAGCCCGCACCUCCGAGCCACGGCGGUUCACCGAAGCCCACGCCGCCAAAGCCCGCACCUCCGAACCACGGUGGUUCACCGAAGCCCAAGCCGCCGAAGCCCGCACCUCCGAACCACGGUGGUUCACCGAAGCCCAAGCCGCCGAAGCCCGCACCUCCGAACCACGGCGGUUCACCGAAGUGGCCGUGCCCUCCUCAUGCGCCCAAGCCCAAGCCCAAGCCCAAGCCGUGUCCGCCGAAGCCCAAGCCCAAGCCGCCAUGCCCGUGCCCGCCAGCGGCCGAUGUAUCCGCGUCGACCAACAACAGCAACAACUGAUGGGUGUACACUCAUCAAGCACAGCUCGUGAUUAUGGUUGUUCUACGAGGUUGCUCUAUAGAUAAAGAAGUAAUCCUUCCCCGCAAAAAAGAAAGAAAGAUAAGAAGUAAUCCAUCGGCUCUAAACUAAGCUGGGUAUACUAUAGAUCAUGUGUACUGAAUGUCCGAUCUAUGUAUGUACGUAUUGUGUAAUGAGAUUGAUGUGAGAAUAUAUUAAUCUCCAAUAUAUACGUUGAGCUUAGUUUGUUUA